AUGGAUGUUGUGAAUUUCGAGAAUUGUCGACCAGAAAUUUUCAAGCGAAUCAUCCGCCACUUGAUCACACCUGAACACAUUCCAAAGAAUUGGCCCUCCAGUGGUAGCAAUUCCCUCACAAGCCUUCAACAACUCAUUGAUUUUUCGGAGAGUUUAUCAACUCAGUAUGGAAAUGCAGAAAACAUGAUGAAAUCACUAUGGAAGUAUGCCAGUUUUCCUGGAAGUGCCAGUUAUUUCAAGAUCAGGAAGACAGAAUAUUACUUUCAAGACACAAAAUAUUAUCGUGGCUUUUCCGAAGAACUUUAUGUCUACAAGAAAGAAUACUACCUUCGACUUUACGAUAGGGUGGUGGACUGCCCAUUUUCUGGAUUUGCUGGCAGUUUAGCCUACUCUCUGAUCUCUUAUUUUCUGAAAAUUCAAGAAGAAAAAUUGGCAAAUGGUAGUGAAAUGGCAGCUAUUAACAUGUUUCUGUUUGCAAAAGUUCAAUUCAAAAUUCGUGAUAUUGGAGUGAAGUUCGUCAAAGGAGGAUGGGAGAAUUUAAACGAGAAGAAGAAGUUGCGAUUCGAAUACAUGUCCCUGGAAGAGAUCUUCGAUGCAUUAAAGAAUGUGUUGCAUCAGAUGGAAAAAGAAGAAACAGAAGGAAAUGAAGUGCUCGAAGUAUUGAAAGGAUUCAAUGUAGUAGCUCCAGUUAAAGACAAUGGAAAGACCUAUUUCAAAGUAUACGUCUGGAUCAAGGAAGUCAUUGAAAUCUUCAGAACGUUCAUUGAGAGGAACAAGUUCCUUAUGCUGCCGCGAUCAGAAACUAUUGGAACAACUGGUUCCGUGAAAGCUCCGGUUCGAUUAUUUCAAUUCGAAAACAAUAAAAUUGUGAUGGCGCAUGAGCUGUUGCACAAUAUGAAGGUGGAACAACUUGAUGUUUCUCAAUUCGAAAAUAAAAUUCUCGCAUUGCCAAGACUUGAUACAUUGACUUUUCGAAAAGUAUUCCAAAUGAUCCCAGCCGAGUGCAUGAAGAAUGUCGAUUUUGUCAAUGUGAAUAUCGAAUGUCAACUCAUUUUUAUUCUUUUGGACACAGAAACUUUGGAAUUCAUACCAACCGAAUACAAUGAGACAACAACGAACGGAGUUGAAGAUAACAAAGAAGCAGAUUUAGUUACAUUGGAAAAGCAAGAAAUUGUCACAACACAAGGAUUGGAUCAAGAAUUGCAAAAAGAGAAAUGUGAAGAAGUUCCUAAGAUUGAAAUCGAUGGAAAAGAAAAGAAAGAAAAGAAGAAAAAUCCCAGUUUGAAGAAGAAGGAAUCCGCAGAUGAAAGAGAGUCCCAAACUUGCCCGAAGUGCUACCGAGCUAGUACAUUCACAAGAAAAAGCAACGAAAAAUUGAGGCUGGCAAACAUCGAGAAUAAACAAUUGAAGAAGAAGAUUACAGAGAUUGAAAAAGAUGAAGAUGCUAGAAUUGCAUUACUGGAGAAGCUUGUUGAAGACCAGAAAAACGAAUUAAUCGAGAAAGAUGCCGCAAUUCAAAAUCUUUACAUCGAAAAACAAAAACUAGAAAAGGACAAGGAGGAGCUCGAAAUUCAUCUAUCUGUCAGAAAUGAUAAAGUUCAAGCUCUGGAAGUCAUAACUUCAUCUGAAUCAAUUGAAGGCUUCAAUAAAUCUAAAGAUGAAUCCGAGAAAAUUCGAAAUGUUCUGUUCAAUCUUUUCGAUGUCCGAGAAAUAAUUCAUCGUGAGGAUCCAGUUUCAAAAUGUUCCGAAUUGGCGGAUCUUCUAAUCACGAAAACUAAUAACGAUCUUGUCAGAAGAAACUCAAAAAUUGAGAAGACAAAAUUCAUAAAAGAAUGCAAUACAUUCAUCAAAGCGGUAGACAACAAUUUGGCCAUGAUCCGAGGACGCCAUCAAAUUAAAGUCGAGGAGGUUCCAGAACUCCCAGAGUUCCCUAUUUUAUCUAAACAGUUCAAAGACGCGUACAAGAAAACAAUGAAGUCCGAUAUUCCAAACAUCUGCAAAUCUCUACUCAAGGUUAAAGAGAUCGAUUCCAAUGAACUCAUUGAUAAUGAAUGUUUGAUCUGCCUUCAAGACAUGAAUCCAGAAGAAGAGACGAUCAAGUGUGAAUGCAAAAGAAGAUAUCACAACGGAUGUAUUCAACAGUGGCUCGAAACGAAGAGAACAUGCCCAGCCUGCAGUGCGAGUCUUCUGGAUGACAACGAAUUUCCACCACUAUCGUAA